UACAAUGGAUCUCUCUACUGCCCAGUGUGGCUAGAGCAGUCCGCCUGCCUGCGCUGCGCUGCGCUUGUGGAACCCGAUUUGUUUCUUUGGCUUUUCGCAUUGUAUUGGUAGGAGGAGCUGCUUUCCUGUGAUUGUCUGCCUCUUCUCUCUCUUAGCAGGUUUCUCAUUUUUCCAAAGUUAAAUAUUCAAGUCUGUGAGCUCUCACAGACGGUGGGUGCCUGCGCCGCCGGCGAGGUUUUGCCGUUGCUUGCGUCGAAAGCGAACGGAACAGAACAGAACAGAACGGAGCGACGCUGUUUGUGUCACAUAACCGAGGUUCUUCCACUUGUGUUCGAUCCAAGUGUUUCUUAACUUCGAUUUCGACUGCUUUCAAGAUGACAGAAGAAAAGAAUGUUGGGCAUAUAAAGCUGGUGAUUGACCAGCUUCGGUGGGAUUUGAUGUCGCCUCUAGAUUGGUUCUGCUGAAGAUGGAAACACUGGAGUCUGAGCUCACCUGCCCAAUCUGCCUGGAGCUGUUUGAAGAUCCCCUGCUCUUACCCUGCGCCCACAGCCUGUGUUUCAACUGCGCCCACCGUAUCCUAGUCUCCCACUGCUCGUCCAACAAACCUCUAGAGUCCAUCUCCGCCUUCCAGUGCCCCACCUGCCGUUACGUCAUCACGCUGAACCACCGCGGCCUGGAGGGCCUGAAGCGCAAUGUGACCCUGCAGAACAUCAUCCACCGUUUCCAGAAGGCCUCCGUCAGCGGCCCUAACUCCCCCAGUGAGAGCCGUCGUGCCCCAGGUCUCUCCGGAGGCCACAGGCCCUAUAGCAGCAGCGGAGGAGGAAGCUCCGGCAGCCACAGCGCCCGCUCCAGCCCGGCCCAGCCCUCCUCUCAUCAGCACACCGCCACCAUGUCUCUGGAGCACCGUAUCAGCUGCCAGUUCUGUGAGCAGGACCCGCCUCGCGAGGCAGUCAAGACGUGCGUGACCUGCGAGGUGUCGUACUGUGACAGGUGUCUACGUGCCACGCACCCCAAUAAGAAGCCGUUUACCAGUCACCGGUUGGUGGAGCCGGUGCAUGACGCCCACCUGAGAGGCCUCACCUGUCUGGAGCAUGAGAAUGAGAAGGUUAAUAUGUACUGCAUCGUGGAUGACCAGCUGAUAUGUGCCCUGUGUAAGCUGGUGGGACGACACAGAGAACAUCAAGUCUCCUCUUUCAGCGAACGCUUCGACAAACUCAAGGCUUUUCAAGUGAGUCCUGGCAGAGUAUCUGACGCGGUAUUGGAGGCAUCAAAGACAAGCGCUGCGCAAACCCUGGAGAACAACCUCACCAACCUGGUGAAGAGAAACAGUGAGCUGGAGAACCAGAUGGCCAAACUCAUCCAGAUCUGUCAGCAGGUUGAGGUGAACACAGCGAUGCACGAGGCCAAGCUAGUGGAGGAGUGUGAUGAGCUUGUAGAGAUCAUACGCCAGAGGAAACAGAUCAUCGCUGUCAAGAUCAAGGAGUCCAAGGUGAUGAAGCUGCGCAAACUGGCCCAGCAGAUGGCUAACUGCAGACAGUGUCUGGAACGUUCCGGAGCCCUCAUCACCCAGGCAGAACACAGCCUGAAGGAGAACGACCACGCUCGCUUCCUACAGACCGCCAGGAACGUGGCCGAGAGGGUUGCCAUGGCCACGGCCUCAUCCCAGGUGCUGAUUCCAGAUGUGAACCUGAACGAAGCCUUUGAUAACUUUGCCCUGGACUUUUCCCGAGAGAAGAAGAUCCUAGAGGGACUGGACUACCUGACAGCUCCCAGUCCUCCCUCCAUACGUGAUGAGCUGUGUACUGCCUCCCACGACACCAUCACAGUUCACUGGACGUCUGAGGACGAGUUCAGCGUCACCUCCUAUGAACUGCAGUACACCAUCUACACCGGCCAGACCAACUUCAUCAGUCUGUAUAACAGUGUGGACAGUUGGAUGAUUGUCCCCAACAUCAAGCAGAACCACUACACGGUGCACGGCCUGCAGAGUGGAACACGUUAUGUCUUCUUUGUCAAGGCCAUCAACCAGGCAGGCAGCCGCAACAGUGAACCAGCCCGCCUCAAAACCAACAGUCAGCCUUUUAAGCUUGACCCGAAGACGGCCCACAAGAAGCUGCGUCUGUCCAACGACUGCCUGACCAUGGAGAAAGAUGAGAGCUCCCUGAAGAAGAGCCACACUCCAGAACGCUUCAGCAGCACGGGGUCAUACGGAGCCGCGGGAUCCGUCUUCAUCGACAGCGGCUGUCACUACUGGGAGGUGUUGCUGGGCGCCUCCACCUGGUACGCUGUGGGCGUGGCUUACAAGUCAGCCCCUAAGAACGAGUGGAGUGGAAAGAACUCAUCCUCCUGGGUGUUGUCCCGCUGUAACAACAACUUCAUGGUGCGUCACAAUGGCAAGGAGAUGCUGGUGGAGGCCAGCCACCAGCUCAGACGUCUGGGAGUCCUUCUGGACUACGACAACAACUCCCUGUCCUUCUACGACGCCAUGAACUCCCAACACCUGCACACCUUCGAGGUCAGCUUCCUGCUCCCCGUGGCGCCCACCUUCAUGAUCUGGAACAAGUCGGUGAUGAUCCUGUCGGGGCUUCCUGUGCCGGACUUUGUGGACUGCCCUGAGGAACACCAGGAGGGGAUGAUGACCCUGUGUCGUCAGCAGGAUUCACCCUACGUGUCGGGUAUGAAGGGCUGUCACUGAGUCCGGGACUGGGGUGACUCCCAGUCCCGGAGACCGACAAGGGCUUGGACUGGACUCUGAACUGGGCUGGGCUAGACUCACUUACUUCCUGGGUUUGUGGGCCAAUGGGGUUGAAUCUUUCUUCUCCUCCUCUUCCUCCUUUUACCCAGCUUUCCUCUUUUCUCUUCAUGGAUGGUCUGUUACAUUACCUACUACUUGUCUCAGUGUGAGGAUGUGUGUUGUUGUUUAUGAUAUUUACAAAUCAACACAGAAGCUUGACUUGCAUUAUGUGACUACUAGUCUUGUAUUAUAAGAAACUUUAUUGAUCAUGAUUGAUUUGAGGAAAACAUGUUAAUUAUUUAUGAAUAAUAAGUUGGUUUGCUUUUAUUUUCUUCUCAAUCUCAAUGUAUUCAUGGGACACUUUUUGGAUGGGUCUUUAUUUCCUCUGUGUUUAAAAAAAGACAGAACAUGUAUUUGGACAUGGUUGUUCUUGCUCUAGAUAGCAUAGUGGAUUUAUCUUCUAUAGAAAUGGGUUAAGAUUAUGACGUUUAUGCGAUUUUUAACACAGUGAAAGUAACAAAACUGACGAAUUACGAUAAAAAUUACGAAAGUUGAAUAUUCAGGGAGGGAAGAGAGGGUUAUAACAUUCGAUUUGCUAUCGGUUUUGAUGUCAUAGCAUGAUGUGUAUUUCCUCUGUGAUUAAUUCACACUUCAUGUUUUGUUUACUUCUGUUUUGCUGUGAUAAAAGCAUGCUGCGUUAUAGGAUCCCACUUCGCUGCCCUUCACUGGUUCACUUCCAGGUUACCAUGAGGUAUUUAUUGACUCCUGGCCUAUAGAAUUCCUCACUGGUUCACUUCCAGGUUACCAUGAGGUAUUUCUUGACUCCUGACCUAUAGAAUUCCUCACUGGUUCACUUCCAGGUUACCAUGAGGUAAUUCUUGACCCCUGACCUAUAGAAUUCCUCACUGGUUCACUUCCAGGUUACCAUGAGGUAAUUAUUGACUCCUGACCUAUAGAAUUCCUCACUGGUUCACUUCCAGGUUACCAUGAGGUAAUUAUUGACUCCUGACCUAUAGAAUUCCUCACUGGUUCACUUCCAGGUUACCAUGAGGUAAUUAUUGACUCCUGACUUAUAUAAUUCCUCACUGGUUCACUUCCAGGUUACCAUGAGGUAAUUCUUGACUCCUGACCAAUAGAAUUCCUCACAGUCACCGCGGAGCUCCACCCCCUCCCCUCACAUCCAAUCCUUGGUCGAGGUUUUACCUAUUCCAAAAGGGGUGUGUUGUUAUUAUCCGCUGUCCCAAGACAAUGUAAAUCUGUAAUUUGUCUACCAGUUACCAUCCCGAUAUCCUAUCUCUCAUAGAAACCAUCAGAUUUCUAUUCAAGAAAAAUCACAAAACAUUUCACCGGAUAUGGUUAAGAUUCCACAGAGAAGACCUUGUAGGUCUAUGACAUCAUCAUCAUUAAAAAAAAAGCAUUACAUCAUCAAAUACUUAUUAUUUAUUUGGGCUUUUUUGUUGUUGUUGUUUAUGGCUUUGGUGGUGUGGACUAUGAUUUUUAAUGAUUUUCCUCUGAUUUAAUAUUCAGGGAUUGAAUACGUAGUGGGUCUGAUCAAGACAAUCAAUAGUAUAUUUAUUAUGCAGAGAAAACAUAAGUAGUGUGUAGCUGAAAAAACCACUGAACUAGCAUGAUGUAAUACUUUAGAUACUAAACUGUUAACUUACUGAAAACCAACGGAUGCUUUAUUUUUGUCAUGGAAUUAAACGCAGUAGUGAAGACAUUGGGAACAGACGGAGUCGUACCUCCGACGACGCCACCGUCCCGAUGCCGGUGGUUCAAUCUCUCACCACAUAGCAAGGUAUUUAGGAUGUGUCCCAAAUGGCACCCUAUUCCCUAUAUAGUGCACUACUUUUGAAUGUUUAAAAAAAAUGAUGCACUAUGUAGGGAAUAGGGUGUCAUUUAAGACAGAUUUAGUUUUCCAUGCUAAAUGUCAUAUUUCCUGGGUUUUUUUUUAAGUUCCUGUUUUUAAUUUGAAAGCACAAACUUUAACCAUCAGGCAGAUUUGUCUUUGGCACCGUGAAAGUGGGAGAUAGAGAGACAGACAUAUGAAUGGAUCUGUGACUACCUGGUCCGUCCUCAAGCUUCUUCAAAGAAACAAUAGCUACUUUAAAGCUGGAGUGAGUCUUGAGUUCCAUGAUGGACCCAGCAGAACACAGUGGGUUCAAUAAUAAGAUGAGAAUGGUGAGUUCCAUUAUGGACCUAACAGAACACAGUGGGUUCAAUAAUAAGAUGAGAAUGGUGAGUUCCAUUAUGGACCUAACAGAACACAGUGGGGUCAAUAAUAAGAUGAGAAUGGUGAGUUCCAUUAUGGACCUAACAGAACACAGUGGGUUCAAUAAUAAGAUGAGAAUGGUGAGUUCCAUUAUGGACCUAACAGAACACAGUGGGUUCAAUAAUAAGAUGAGAAUGGUGAGUUCCCUUAUGGACCUAACAGAACACAGUGGGUUCAAUAAUAAGAUGAGAAUGGUGAGUUCCAUUAUGGACCUAACAGAACACAGUGAGUUCAAUAAUAAGAUGAGAAGGGUGAGUUCCAUUAUGGACCUAACAGAACACAGUGGGUUCAAUAAUAAGAUGAUAAUGGUGAGUUCCAUUAUGGACCUAACAGAACACAGUGGGUUCAAUAAUAAGAUGAGAAUGGUGAGUUCCAUUAUGGACCUAACAGAAUACAGUGGGGUCAAUAAUAAGAUGAGAAUGGUGAGUUCCAUUAUGGACCUAACAGAACACACCAGUUCAAGCCGAUGAGAAUGGUGAGUUCCAUUAUGGACCUAACAGAACACCAGUUCAAGCCGAUGAGAAUGGUUCCAUUGAAAGAGAUAGCUGAAUACUGGACUCAAGAGGUCAGAGGUUUUUUAAAUAACACUGCUUUGAUUAUAACAGGUGGUAACACUUCACUGUAGACCCCCGUACGUUUACAUUCAUAAAGCCUUUAUAACAGCUACAUAAGACAACAUCAGUUAAAUGCUGUUAUUAAGGGUUAUAUCAGUGCUGACUGAAGGGGAGGUGUUUGUGUUUGUGUUUUCAAUUUUCUUUUUUUAGUCUAGCAGCAGAUUUGUGAAUGUUAGCCCUUACAACAACAAAAAAAAGAUUGCAGUUUUAAAACUGCAGUAAAAGUGUAGUAACUACAGUCGACUGUGGUGUUUUGGAAGUGGUGAUUGCAGAAUAACUGCAGUGUUCUGCACUCUAACUGCAGUUACACUGCAAAAUUACUACAGUAAAAAAAAAAAGUUUUUUAAUUUUGGACGCAGUAUUUUGCAACGUACUGCAGAUAUACUGAAUUCUAACUACGGUUAUACUACAGUGUACUGCAGAUAUACUGCAUUCUAACUACGGUUAUACUACAGAUAUACUGCAUUCUAACUACGGUUGUACUACAGAUAUACUACAUUCUAACUACGGUUAUACUACAGUGUACUGCAGAUAUACUGCAUUCUAACUAUGGUUAUACUACAGUGUACUAAAUAUAUACUGCAUUCUAACUAUGGUUAUACUACAGUGUACUGCAGAUAUACUGCAUUCUAAAUACGGUUAUACUACAGUGUACUGCAGUUAUACUGCAUUCUAACUAUGGUUAUACUACAGUGUACUGCAGUUAUACUACAUUCUAACUACGGUUAUACUACAGUGUACUGCAGUUAUACUACAUUCUAACUACGGUUAUACUACAGUGUACUGCAGAUAUACUACAUUCUAACUACGUUAUACUACAGUGUACUACAGUUAUACUAGUGUACUGCAGUUAUACUACAGUUAUACUACAGUGUACUACAGUUAUACUACAGUUAUACUGCACUGACUGCAAUCUUGUUUUGUAAGGGUCCUUUCUUGAAUUAUCAGAAAGAUGAUCAAUUUGAAGAAAACAUCAGAGGUGAAAACUGUGGCUGCUGAUUUCUGGGCUGAACUGACAAGAUACAUUUAUUUUGUACAAGAAGUGCAUUUGACUGGGUCACCUACCUACCGUAUGCAUGCCUUGGUUCACACAGUCUGUGUAUCUCAUGAUGGUUUUUAUAGAAACAGAUUCAUCACAAAAUGUCCAUUUGAAAUAGACAAAUUUAUUGAGACAUCUGUGUUCAUGCAUCUCAUUCAGGUAGUGUUGCUGUGCUUUGUGCUACUACUACCGGAUCAAUAAACAUACCGAGAAUAA